AUGAAGGGUGGCAAGGCCAAAGUGUCGGUGAAGUACGCGACCUCGUUCCCGCAGCACGACAGCGAGAAGCAGCUGCAGAUCGUCUUCAAGCAGGGGCGCGAGGACCGCGAGUUCAUCAAGAACGAGCCGGUGAAGAUGGCGCUGCACUAUGAGAUUGGCCAGAAUCAGAUGGUGCCCGGCACGCUCGACGUCUCGUCGCCCGACUCGUCCGGCUGGGUGGCCGUCAACUACACGAUCUUCAAGCCGAACGGCUCCCUCCUCUUCAAGCUGUCCACCCUGCUCCGCGGCGAGGAGACGCAGAACCUCGAGGUGAUCGCCCCGCCG